CCCAGACAAUGAGGCCAACUCAACUUCAAAUUUCUGGACUAUAAAAGUUUUACCGACGUGUUCCAAGACCAUCCAGACCCUUAAAUCUAACCCAGAAAUUUUAAGCUCCUCGUCGGAAAUCCCAUCUCCGACGGAACAUUUUCAAAUGUCCGACAUAGCAGCCAGCUUCAUCGACAUAUUCCAUGAACAAUCUGACAACCCGCCGGUAAGUUCAUAUGAUUCUAGCCAAGAAGGAGAUCAGAACGGAGAAACUUCUUCAAUCGUUGAAGAAAACAGAGCCUUCUGGAUAUCGCAGAAAGAAGUUCUUCAGGCGACUUUGAAAAGGACGAAUUCCAUUGAGUUCAAAAUCCGGCAAGCAACGAAGGAUGCGCUGAGAGAAAUGGAUUUUAAGUCAAUUCAAUGCGGUUGCCGGAGUCCGGCAGAGGUUGCUGUGUGUCGAGCGUGCGUACAGAGAGAAGUAUGUAAUUAUUUGAGAAACGCUGGUUACAAUUGCGCCGUUUGUAAGUCUAAAUGGAAGAGCUCGCCGGAAAUUCCAUCAGGGGAACACUGUUAUUUGGAAGUGGUAGACGAUUGUAAUCCGAAUGAUAGAGUCAUAAUCGAGCUGAAUUUCCGAGCAGAAUUUGAAAUAGCGAGAGCUAGUGAGAAAUACAAGCGGUUGGUGAGAAGGUUGCCGGAAGUAUUCAUCGGAAAAGAGGAGAAGCUUAGAGAAUUGAUAAGAAUUAUGUGCAAUGCGGCGGAGAAGUGCAUGAAGGAAAAGAAGGUGCACUUAGGGCCAUGGAGGAAGUACAGAUACAUGCAAGCCAAGUGGUUAGGGAAGUGCGAGAGAACGGCACCGGCGCCGUUGCCGGUGGGAUUUUCCAGCCCGCCGCCUAAGGCAAGGGCGUCAAUGCUUACUUAUGAUCUGCUGCAGAGCUUGCCGGCGGUCAUGGUUUGCUCUGCUUCUGCGGUUGAGGUGGUGUGAAUGUGAGAGAUGAGAGUGAAAGGAAUUUUGAUCGUUGCUUUGUGUUUUUGCUCUUUUUCUAUGAUAUAUCCGUUGCCUUUGAGCCUUAAGGCUAAUUAUAUUUGUAUAAUUAAAAUCUUAUAUUUCAAUAGUUUUUUUUUUUUUUCUAA